AUUGAACCUAUAAAUCAGUUAUUUUAAGGAGAGGGAGUGAGAGUGCCUUAUCUUCUUCUACUCUGAAGCGCAGAGAGAGAGAGAGAGAGAGAGUGACUCUACACUUUGGUCUUAAAGCUCAAGUCUUCUCUCUGCUAACCUCUUUUGCUGAAACAAAACAUAUAUCUAGGAAUUGGGAAACCUCUUCCAAUGGCUAAUUCUUUGUGUUCCGUGCCUGUUUGUUCGUUCAAGUCCCCUAACAAACCAGGGAUUUUAAUUGGCAAUUCUGUUGCUCGGAAGGUUCUUUCGGUGAAUGAAGUGUCUCAGAAGUCUCAAACUGCUAAGUUCCAAUCUUUGGAAGUUAAGGCUACAGGAAGUAAUCCAGGCACCAAACCAAAUAGCAUAGUCUGUGCUGACUGUGAUGGAAAUGGUGCCAAGUCGUGUACUCAAUGCCAGGGUUCUGGUGUUAAUUCUGUAGACCACUUCAAUGGACAGUUUAAAGCUGGUGGAUUAUGUUGGCUGUGCAGGGGUAAAAGGGAGAUUUUGUGUGGGAGUUGUAAUGGAGCUGGCUUUCUUGGUGGAUUCAUGAGCACAUUUGAUGAAUAGAAGCUUGAAAAAGCUGGCUUUUCAGUGAAUCGACUGUUUUGUGCUGUGUGGUUCACCAGAAUUUCUGCAUUUUCUGUGAACAUCAAUAUACAAUUUGUAUGGUGAGACUUGAGAUUGAAUUCCUGGCUGCCCGGAUUGGACAUAUAUUCUGAAUUACCAUUACGAAACAAUGCUAAAUUUUGUAGUCAAUGAAUCUUGAAUGUCA